GAAGACAAAGAAGAAGAAGAAGAGUAACGCUGAAUAUCGAUUGUAAAUGUUCAUGGAUGUUCCCACACUGUACAAUUGAAGAAUAAAACAAAACAAAAGGAGAAACAACUGGCGUCCACGUGACAUGCUAGAGGAGAGGAGGAUGAGAACAUGAGUGAUACAGGAGGAUGAGAACAUGAGUGAUACAGGAGGAUGAGAACAUGAGAGAUUCAGGAGGAUGAGAACAUGAGUGAUUCAGGAUGAGAAUUGGUAUAUUGGUUCCUCACUGUCACUGAGGAUUGUUGAAGAACUUUCAGACCACAAACAUUAAUGCAUUUCAGCAGAUACAAAAUAUCUUAAGAGCUAUAAAAUAUCCAACAACACAAGAUUGAACUGGAGGUUUCACCUAAUCAUUUCAUAACCGGAGAAAAAUCUUCAAGCCGCUCACAGACCAGUGGAGAGAAGCCCUUCUCGUGUCCUCAGUGUGGGAAGAGCUUCACACUAGCAGACGGACUCAGAAAACACCAGCGCUCUCACUCGGGAGUCCGAGCGUUUCACUGUGAAGAGUGCGGGAAGACGUUCAUCCUGCCCUCGCACCUGAAGAGACACAUGCUGAUCAACGCCGACUCGAAGCCACACUCGUGUGUUCUCUGUGGAAAGGGUUUUUCUCAGCUGGACUGUUUGAAAAAGCACCAGAAAACACACAGCGGAGCGAGACCUCACGUGUGCUUCGAGUGCGGGAACGCCUUCCACUCCUCCGACGCGUUGAAGAGACACCAGAGGAUUCACACCGGAGAGAAGCCGCACACGUGCUCACACUGCGGGAAGAGCUUCUCGCAGUCCGGACACCUGAAACAACCCCUGAGGGUCCACACGGGAGAGAAACCGUACUUUUGCUCGCUCUGUGGGACGAGUUUCAGCACGUCCAGGAAUCUGCCCGCUCAUAUGAAGAAACAUUGUCCAGAUGAGGAUGAAAACUGAUGAAGCGAGAUCUGAACAAAUCCCUCAAGAUCACUCUGUAUGCGUGUGUGUAUUACAGCAUGGAUGAACAUACACUCACCGGCCACUUUAUUAGGUACACCUGUCCAACUG